AUUUUAGCUGAUAUAAUAGAUCAAGGAGAACAUGGGUAUUAUUUUACGAUUGACAGAUAUAUUGGCAUAGGGUUUGGGGAGUCAUACGUUUCCGUGAACGGCCUGCCAGGAUGGGAUUAUAAAUCCUUUGGGUAUCACGGUGAUGAUGGUAAAAGAUUCAAUUCAUCAGGAUCUGGUGAUCCUUACGGCCCUCUAUUUACCACAGGUGAUACCAUCGGAGUUGGCCUAAAUUUUUUCGAGGGGACCUCCUUCUACACAAAGAAUGGCGUUCAUUUAGGUACCGCGUUCAGAAAUGUUGAAGGAAAUUUGUAUCCAAUGAUUGGAAUGAGGUCCAGAGGCGAAAUUAUUGAAGCAAAUUUUGGUCAAAGGUCAUUCAAAUUUGAUAUCGACAGCUAUGCACAGUUCAUCUUUAAAGAAGUUCGAAAAAAUGAGGUGCUGAGGAAGUGGAUGGAUAGGAUCUUUGGUGAUAACGAUGAUGGCGUAUUCACUUCAGAAGAUGAAGCUGAAGAAUGA